AUUUCUAUCAAAACAUUUUCGUAUUGGAACUCUAAAACAGCAAAAAAAUAUUAAAAAUGUACACAGAAGUAGACGUAUUUGUCGGUAAUUAUACUUUAAUUGAUCCCGAGAUAUAUCAGCUGUGGAUUGACGGUUGUUCCUCCAGUGAAGCCGUGUCUACGUUGCAUCAGAGAAACAUCGCUAAACAGACCGGAGCGUCGGUGGAACUGAUUGCCAGCGAUGUGUUGGAUCAUUACCGCACAUUUGCCCUGUUGGAGCGACUCCUCACAGUCCCAUCGAAGUUAUCCGAGCAGAUGAUCUUCCAAAUUGACGAGCAGACAAAGCAGAUGCUUAUUGAAAAGUAUUACGAUUUGGACGAUGCAGUCAUCAGAGAGUUGUUGGGAAGAAAAUUGUCGUCGCGGCAUCGGAAGGAUCUUGAUGAGGUGUCAGAACGUUCUGGCGCGCCGCUGCGUUGUUGUCGCCGUCAGUUUGACAACGUGCGUCGCGUGUUCAAGGCGGUCGAAGAGAUACCAGGCAACGUGGUGUCAAAUAUCCGCACCACGUUCUUACUGUCAGAACCGCUAGCUAAAAAAUACGGUGCCGUUGUGUUCAUAGCGUGCAUGCGAUUCGAAACGGCCAAGAGGAAGCUGCAAUAUCUGUCGUUCAACGACUUCUAUCAUUGUGCACAAGCUAUAAUGGGCAGCUGGACAUACAGUUGCACAGGACCAGAGUACUACGAUACAGAAAUGGACCGAGAGUUCCUUCUGGAACUCAGGGAGUUGAGGAUCCUGCUGGAUAAAGAGAAAGAACAUAAGCAGUAA